UCGUGCGGCAGUAUAUAGUUGAACUUUUGCCGGCGCACGAGCGCGAACACGCGCGCGAUCGCGCGAUUUUUUUAUCACAAUUGUUAUAAUUUGCAAUGUGAACGAUAAUAUUCACGGAUUCUACGAAUUAGUGUCGGCUGAAAAUUUUAAGUUGAAAGAAAUUAAACAAUCCGUGUGUCUGUGGCUGUGAUUAGCUCUUAUAAAUACGUAUAUAUAAUCCAAAUAUCGCUCGAAAAGUCAUUUCAUCGUUCGAACUUCUAGUCAGUCGCGCGUAACGAAAUCUAUAGUUAGACAAUCAAAAGAAAAAAAGAAAAAAAAAAAAGAAAGUCGACAUGGCGAAGAAGCUCGAGAGCAGCAUACCGGGCAUGCGCUACCCGAGCGGACGCGAUCACUUUCUGAAGACGGCCUGGGGCUUUCUGGAGGGCAGGCGCAAGGACGACGGCGCCGAGGGACUGUGGCGCGUCCACGACGGCCUCUACGAUCUCGAGUCGUUCGCGGCGAGCCAUCCGGGCGGCGCCGAGUGGAUAGCCAUGACCAAGGGCACGGACAUCACCGAGGCCUUCGAGUGUCACCACAUUACCGAUCGAGCCGAGCGUCUGCUGCCCAAGUUCUACGUACGGCCGGCGACGAGCCAACGAUCGCUGCCCUACACCUUCGCGCCGGACGGCUUCUAUCGCCGAUUCAAGGGCAGGGUGCGCGAGGCGCUGAAGAACGUCGACUAUCAUCGACCGGCCACCUCGUCGAAACUGAUCGCCGACUCGCUGGCGGCGAUGGCCCUCGCUACGGCAGUGGCCGCGGCCGCCUACAAGUCCUGGAGCGUGCUGGUUCUCAGCUCCAUAUUCCUCACGUGGACCGUGAUAAUAGCGCACAACUUCUUCCACCAGCGCGACAACUUUCGCAUGUACUACUUCGACCUGAGCCUCAUGUCCUCGAAGGAGUGGCGAGUCUCGCACUCGCUCAGCCAUCAUCUCUAUCCCAACACCCUCUGGGACAUGGAGAUCUACGCGUUCGAGCCCUUCCUCGAGUUUCUCCCUCGUCCCGACAAAUCCUGGCCCCGUCGUGCCCUCAGCCUCCUCAUCUCGCCUACGGUCAUGACCGUGGCCUACUUCGGUCAGGCCGUCAAGAGGUACUACUCGAUCCUGUGGGAGUGGCGUAGUCCGGAGUUGCGCGACCUCGUGCCGUUCCUGUUGCCCGCGGCCAUGAGCUACGUCGCCUCGAGCCCGGCCCAGGGACUUCAGCUGUGGCUGGCGCUGAUCGCCGCGAGCAGCUUCAUCUUUCACUUCGUCGGCUUGACGGCGGCUCAUCAUCAUCCGGAAAUCUUCCACGACGGCGACGUGUGCAGAAAAGACCUCGACUGGGGCCUGAUGGAGCUGGACGCGGUGCGAGGCCGCCGCCUGGUCGACGAGUCGCUCUUCCUCAUACUGACGAAUUUCGGCUCGCACGGCCUGCACCACCUGCUGCCCACCGUGGAUCACGCCUACCUCGAGCUCUGCGUGCCCGCGUUCAGGGAGACGUGCCGCGAGUUCGGCGUCAAGCUCAACGCGAGCAUGACGAGUUGGCAGCUCAUCCGGGGACAGUACGAGCAGCUGGCCAGGGCCGAGCCGAGGGCCGAAAAUUUCCACAAGACUGCUGCGGCUUGAUGCUAGUUGCUCUCUUGUGAUGCUCGGGGCGUAAUUGUGUCGUUGCCCUGGUAGAGAUGCGAAAUCUUCUUUUUUUUUGUUUUCGUGGGCGAAGUCGAUCGUAAACAGGGCCAUUAGAACUGGAUAUGAUUUACUGAUGAGAGAUGUAACGUUUGUUUUUAUAAAUUUUUCAUAUCAAGAAGAAAAACAAUAUAAGCUUCGCUAGAGAAUUGAAACUGUGCCUUGAAUUAUGUACAACUGUUUUGUCUUCGCCACUUGCAGAUUUCCAGAAACAAAGGUGCUCGCCAUCUACCGGUGAAGACUUGAACUGAUAUCAUUGUAUAUCAAAGCGUUGAAAGCUGAUCUACAUUUCUGGAAUCGGUUACAUUAUUAUUAUUAAAAUAUUCAAAAUGCGCAUAAUUGUUCUAAUGUAAUUUUAACAGAAAAGUUGAACUUUAAAACAUUUAAAAUGGUCAUUAUUACGGUCAUUGGUCUAUUACAUUAACGUUAAGCAUUUCUACUUGGGUCGCCCCACGUUGUUAUUGUUGUUGUAAUUGUUGUUUUUUUAUUUCUUUUGUACAUAUGUUUAUCAUACAGUUAUUGUGAAAUAAAUUUUGUUUGAUGUGUCAAAAAACUAUCAAAAAUAGUUCUAAAGAAAACAUGAAUACAUUCGUUGUUAUUGUUGCACGCGAUCGAGUUUAUUUUUAUUCGCUCCGAUUCGAGGCAUCGAAUGCAAAUGUAAUCCUACGUUUCUGAGCUAGUAAAUUUUUUGUUAACGUUCGAUCUAUCAUCUAAUGAGCCACACACCCGCACACAAGAAAAUGAUAAUUUACCAGAGUUUUGUGACUCGAAGAUAAUAAAAAAAAAAA